AUGUCGACUCACUUUACCGCAAAUCAGGUAUCCUUUCCCUCUUUUUUAAACAGUUCAUAACGCUGAUAUUUAGUUGAAUCCUUGCAGCCAUAGUUCAUUUGUAAACUCAAAAGAAAACUGGACAUUUGCUGGUCGUUUGUAAUAGUUAUCGUCGGAAAUCUUGUUCAUCAUUGCUCGUCUUCUGCCUUUUUGUAAAGCUUAUAACUUCUUUUAAUUCGUAUUCCAGUAUGAUCAAGCCUUUUUAGCCCAAAGAUUGCAAAACUGGGAAAUUCCGAAAAGAUUUAAAGAGGUAAAUCUUAGUUAUUUUAAAGAGCUUGUGAUGAUAGCCUAUUAUUGUAGAAAGUUAAUAUGUUACUUCAGAUGGAUGCGCUGAACUGAACCUUCGAAAUAUAUCUCAACUCUUACCUUGCAGUAACAAUUUUGGCAUGCAGCUUGCACUACAAAGGUUUCUCCUGACAAGUUCGUUUUAAGCAAGGGUAAUCUAAGACACCCUCGAUCCGAGGUUCCUUUAGCAUGUGCACUAAAUUUAAAAGAUACUACAGUAGCAGGUCGUUGAGUGCGAAAGUCAAAUGAUCACAAGACUUGUACCGUGAUCAUAAGGGCACACAACCCUUUACCAGGUGCUGCAAGUUGAAGCAUCUGGCUAUGGAAUCUUAAUUUACAAAACUUGUUUUUAAGUAAAUAUUUCAAACAACAUAGCUAGGGAACAGACUAAUAUUACUGAAAACAACUUAGCCUCUCCAGAUCCUUGACCUUUUCUUCACAGUGUCUUUUAUACACUCGCUAUGCUGGUUUAACCAGGUAGUUUUAAUUUUAAAACUGAAACCAAGCCGUAUUGGCUGGUUGUGGCAUGCAAGGGUAAAACCAGUUAGAAAAUAUAUUUUUAAUGCCUAAAGUAAUUUAUGUAACCAUCAUCAGAUGUGUGGAAAUAUAAAAUUUCAUUUUUUUGAUAGAAACUAAUAUUAGUAUAUAACCACAUAAAAAAGCUAAAAUGCAAAACCAUUAAAAUUUGAAAUUAAAUUGACAGAUCAGAUGCUCAUCAGCUACUUUUUACUGGUCUGGCUUAAAAUUAAGUAUAACACACAUCCCUGUCUCAACCAAAGGAAUGGCAUUUUUUUUUUACUUGUUAGCAUUUCACAAAUAAUACUGUCUCCUUGCUUCAGGUGUCCAGCAAAUUAAUUUGUUUGCCUUAAUUACAGUGUAAGCUCAAAAAACUAUUUUCUUUCAAUAGCUCGUUAAAUUUGCUUAUCUUCAGCAACCCAGAAGCAUUUAGGGGGUGAAAAAUUCUUCUCUCAGUUUAUUUUCCACUCAAACAAUUUACUUGACUCAUUUACCCACAGCAGUUCUAUUGGGCUAGGCAAGAUUUCUUUUAAUUAAUACAGUCAUUAUGUACAUGUAAUGUUGAAGUGAAACUGCAUGUAUUGUCAAAGUCCAUCUCCUUGUAAUGCAUUGUUUUCCACCUUCUGUGCACCAGGGUAAUCAACAAUUGCAUGCUUUGGCUCAUCAGCCACAGCUGGGAGCAAUGGGUCAAAGUCACUAGACCACGUUACAACUAUGUUUUUUUUAUUACUACUGCUAAAAUAGUGGGAACUAAAUCAAUUUAUUGUUUAAAAAGAGGGUGCAUGCAGUUUCUGUCAUCAUAUUUUUGACAAAUUUCCCAUUUUUAUUAUGUAGGCUUUCUUGCAUGUGCAAAAAAAUAAGAUUAGAACAUGUUGCCAAAAAAUGUGAAUAAAUAUGUAACAAUGUGAAAACUGAAACCAUCAUAUUUAAACCCUUAAAAGAAUGUGUUUUCUUUAUAAAUGUGCAGAGCUAAUGAAUAUGUAGUUCAAUAAUUAUUAAUAAAUUACCGGUACAUCUGCAUUGCAUUAUUGGAGUGUACUAUAUUCAUCUGUUAAUUGGUUGAUCAGUAUCUUCCAUCCUUUACCUAUUUACCUAUUCCUUAUUGAUGUGCUUGCCUGUAAAUGUUCUAAGAAAGUAUUUCAAAGUACCUGCAGGCAAGCCUUGCCAAACAAUUAUUUAGACUACUGUUUUAAAAUACAAUUUUUUUAGCUGAUAACUGGGAGUAUUUGGGGAGAUAAUUACUCACUUCCACAAGGUAGAUUGUAUUUUUCAUUGCCAGCCAGUACAUGGAAUUUUAGCCAAAAAAUCAGGCAAACAUUUUGUAGAAAAUAUUGUAUGUUAUCUUACCUUAAUAAAUUUGAUUACAGUUUUUCCCACUAGUAUAAAGUGCCUACUCAAAAAUGUUCUUGACAAUUUCAAGAUGUUUUGGAUUUAUUUUGAAGAUGGAAUCAUCCAAUUUCUAAUCUUUUUUCUCGUGCGGAGCAUCUUGGGCUGCAUUUGGUUCCUUAUUAUUAUCCAUGCAGGGAUUUGCACCGUCUUUCACACCUGAUUGGACUCUUCUACCUCUGCAUGGGCCCAUGAGGAUUCAUUAGUGUCAAAAAAUGUCUUCUUUUUCUAUUUAUGACAUGACUUAGAUUAAAGGUAAAAAACAUUACCUUGUGAUCAUCAGUGUAAUACGACUUAACAAUAUUGCAUUUUAUAUCAUGAUAUAUAUGUCACUAGACAGGCUCUUUUUGGAAAUCUGCACUACAGUCUUACAGAAGUAAGACCAAGUAAUGGCUCUGCUCUAAAUAUUACUGCAGUGAUAUAUGUCUAUACUCUUAAAUGUUUUCCUAUUUAUAAUUACAAAGGUAUUUGCUGUUAGAUGACUGAGUAAGCAGACUGACAGUUUGUACUUAUGGAUACCUCAAAGCAGAAAGCAUAUCAGCCUUGUUCCCAAGGUUGUCUCCCAUUGUCACCCCAAGUAAGGGAAUCUGGGUAAUGGAACAGGCAGAAAUAGCUGCCAGCGUGGACCAGAGAACUGACCUUAAGGCCCCUCACUCUUGUGUCUGUGUGUCUUUCUGCAUAGCAUAGACAAAAUAUGCAAUACUUAUAAUCAAUAACUGAGAGAGUUUUAAUUUUUACUUGUCUGUAGAGACCGUCCACUUUAGAAGGGUUUACCCAACCAAUCAGCAAUGAUCGUGGGCAUAUUUUGCCUGGAAUACCACGGUCAUCGAAAAGUCCAUGGGGCGAGUUUGUUGGAACAUGGGAUCUACAAAGAGCACCUCUUAAAACAAAAACGAUAAAGACAAAUGUACUGUCAUCAAGCAUUAAGGAUACAGCACCAGCUCCUGUAGACAAGCAACGAACUCCUAGCCCAAAGCAAGAAGAAGCCCAAAAUAAUGCCAGAAGCCCAACACCACAACAAGAAGCUGUGUUAAGGACUCCAAGCCCCAAAGAGCGCACAAGCCCUCGGCCACAAAGCCAGGAUGGUAAAUGCAAAAAAACACCUAGCCCUACUCAACUUAAAAUGGCAGAAGUACCUGCCUCUCCUGCAAAAAGCCUCACCCAGGAAAUUGCUAUGUAA